CAAACCAGGAAACAGGUUGUUAUUCUACCUUCACUGAGACGACACACACACACAUACACACACACACACUGAGAGACGGACGAUAAGAUUCACCUUCAGACCAAAACCACCACUUCCACUGAGAGAGGACAUCUACAGGAGGGAAUACUGGGAAUACUGGAAUACUACCACUUCAACCAGCUGCUGAAUCCACAAACUGAACCAGAGUUUAACAAGAACAAAGUCUCAAAGUAACUUUCAGGGAACAGGGAGUGGCUGAGCCGUCUGCCUGCUGUGUUUUCAGCUUCACUCAGAGACUAAAUGGCUUCCAGAUUAGAGGACGAUCUCUGCUGUUCUGUCUGCCACGACAUCUUUAAAGAUCCUGUCAUCCUGUCAUGUAGCCACAGCUUCUGUAAAGUCUGUCUGCAGAGCUAGUGGACAGAGAAACACGUCCAAGAGUGUCCACUUUGUAAGAGAAGACAUUCAAAGGACUUACCACCUUCUAACUUGGCUUUAAAGAACCUGUGUGAGAGUUUGUUACAGGAGAGAGAUCAGAGAUCUUCAGAGGCUCUCUGCAGUCUGCACUCUGAGAAACUCAAACUCUUCUGUCUGGACCAUCAGCAGCCGGUGUGUCACAUCUGCAGAGAUUCAGAAAAACACACCAACCACAUAAUCAGACCCAUCGAUGAAGCUGCACGACAACACAAGAAGGAACUUCAGGAAACUCUGGAGCCCUUAAAGGAGAAGUUAAAGGUUUUUGAAGAAGUUAAAGUGAAGUUUGAUCAAACAGCAGAACACAUGAAGGUCCAGGCCCAACACACAGAGAGGCAGAUUAAGGAGCAGUUUAAGAAGCUUCACCAGUUUCUAGAAGAGGAAGAGGAGGCCAGGAUGGCUGCACUGAGGGAGGAAGAGGAGCAGAAGAGUCAGAUGAUGAAGGAGAAGAUGGAGGCUGUGAGCAGAGAGAUAGCAGCUCUUUCAGACACAGUCAGAGCCACAGAGGACGAGCUGAGAGCUGAAGACGUCUCAUUCCUGCUCAACUACAAGGCUGCAGUGGAAAGAGUCCAGCAGCGCCCCCUGCUGGAGGAUCCACAGCUGCUCUCAGGAGCUCUGAUAGACCAGUCCAAACACCUGGGCAACCUGACCUUCAACAUCUGGAACAAGAUGAAGGCCAUGGUCUCCUACACUCCUGUGAUUCUGGACCCAAACACUGCUGGUACAGAACUCAUCCUGUCUGAAGAUCUGACAAGUGUGACACGAGGAGAGGAACAGAAGCUUCCUGAUAAUCCAGAGAGGAUUGAUGAUUACUACUUCUCUGUCCUGGGCUCUGAGGGCUUUAACUCAGGGACUCACAGCUGGGAUGUCCAGGUUGGAGACAGUACAUACUGGUCACUGGGUGUGUUAGCAGAGUCUGUCCAGAGGAAGGGAUACAUACCGUCUGGAUUAUGGAGAAUAAGGUUCUUGGAUGGUGAAUACAGCACAUUCUCCCCACCAGGUCCAACCACUGUUCUCGUAGUGCAGAAGAAGCUCCAGAGGAUCAGAGUGAAUCUGGACUGGAACGAAGGAAAGCUGUCGUUCUCUGAUCCUGAUACUAACACACACAUACACACCUUCACACACACUUUCACUGAGAGGAUGUUUCCAUACAUCUACAAUGUGGAUUAUCUCCCAUUGAAGGUUUUACCAGUGAAGGUCUCUGUGACUGUACGACAACAGAAAUAGAUGAUGAUGAUGAUGAUGAUGAUGGUGAUGAUGAUGAUGAUGGUGAUGAUGAUGAUGAUGGUGAUGGUGAUGAUGAUGAUGGUGAUGGUGAUGGUGAUGAUGAUGAUGAUGAUGAUGAUGAUGAUGAUGAUGAUGAUGAUGAUGACCGACACCACUGCCUUUAACAGGAAACAGCGGCGUACAGAGUUUCAGAGAGCAAGAUUAUUGAUUAUAUCUUUAAUGUGAAGUUUCUGUGUAUUUGAACAGCAGGUUCAACCAUUGAUUUGUUUAUUCAUGUAAAGUGUUAAAGAGAUUUUAUUUCACAUCAUCUGUUCACUGUAAUUCUUCAUUAGAAAUGAGAUUAAAGCUUCAACUGGAAAAUUAAAGUGACUCAU